CAGGGCACCCUCCACAAACUGGUUGCGUAAACUUAAAUUUGGUGGUCACCUCUAUGGACUGUUCUCCCCCGGAGCCCACAUAGUUUGGUUGGUUCUGGAGGCCAGUGUCUCCCAACUCAAAAUCGUAGGGAGUGGUUUCACAUCUUGGUGAAUAGAGCUUAGCGAGCUUGCCUCCUAAGUGGUUGGCGGUCUGGUUCUUGGUCGUACUAAAAGAAAUUGAAAAUGAUUCAACCUUAGCUCAUUGAAGUUAUAUGAGUAGAAGCGCAAAUGGCCUUGAAAUCGAUAGUAAGUCGAUUCGAUUCAUUGGCCAAUACAUGGUCUCACGUUUAGCACAAUGUUCACGUACUAAGUAUGUUUUAUGGAUCAAAGCAGCUCUUUUUAGUUGCAUCCAGGCUCUGAACUGAAGCAAGUUAAAACUUUGGACAUACAAGGGUAUGGUAUGACUUUGGAGGUUUUAUUCUUAGGCGGUUUCCUUUAGUUAGCUUUAAAAUAAAAAAGCAGCUUCAGUUUGAAUCGGCUUGAAUCAAGUUGGUCUCGCAUGGCCGAUUCCGUUCAACUUCCCAUUUGCAUUACUAAAUCAGAAACCAAGCCUCUGGUUUCCCAAGUACAAGCACUUUUCUCGGUUGAAAGUUGAAACUCGAAAUAUCCAGAAAACAGAAUCUGUAUCGGGCAAGUUUUCGGGUCCACAACGUAAGAAAAUAGAUCUGGACGCAUUCACUUCAUACCCGACCGCUCGAAACAUCGUUCAAAUUUUACCGCCCAAAUUCCUCUCAAGUUCAGGACCCUCUCUCUCGAUUUCCUUGUGCUCAAUCCUGUUCCCGGACCGAGAGGGGCAGAGAAAUUUUAGGCGUCCGACGUUUGGUCGCUCACAUCAAGUUGGGCCUCUCCUAUAUCCGGCGAAGAGUCGAGAAAUUGCAGAAGUGGAAGAAGAUGGGGACAAAAAGAAGCUUGUUGAAGCUCAUUGUGGAGAAGGGGCGUCGGAAGGGGGAAAUCAUAGAGUGCGCGCAGUCAUCGGACAUCAGGAUAGGAAGGGUCAUAAAGGGGAACAAUUUCACGAUCAAGGAUCCGGCUAUCUCUCAGCAACAUUUGGUCGUAGAAUUCAGGGAUGGAAGAUGGGUGGUCUUGGAUUUGGACACCUCAAACGGGACGAUGCUGAACGACAAGCUGAUUCCUCCACAGGCGGCUUGUGCUGUCAGGGACGGUGAUGUGAUCAAGGUCGGAGAGAAAUCAGCACUGUUUGUUCGUAUAUCGGAGGAAGAGGGGGAUGCCGGAGUUGCGGCAGAUCCUUCCAAUAUAGUUGAGGAGAAACCCUCCCCUGAAGUUGUGGUCAGGAGGAAUCCCAGCCGUAGAGCCGCCGCUGCAUUGACUAGGAGCACACGGGGUCUGGAGAGUAUUUCCGUGGAUGUCGGCAAGAGGAGAGCUAAGGUUCCAAAAAAUAAGUUGGUUUCUGCGACUGUGGGUAAGAAGCAGGUCUCAAUAGCUCAGAAUGUGGAGGCUGCUGAGGAGUGCAGUAAAGAAAUGGAGAAGAAUGAGAUUGUCAAUGACCGGGGUAUGCAGCAAUCCAGAAAUGGGGAGAAGGACGAGAAGGAGCUCGGCGGAGAGCAGCCUGGAUCGAGCAAGAAGAAUAUGGAGAAUAUAACGCUGGGGCAGUGGUUAGACAGAAUGGAGGUAUGGUUACCAAAACAGAUUCGGGAUGUAUCUGAAGAUUUGAUUGAGUUGAUGAGAGAAAGGGCGAAGCAGGUUGAAGAGUUUGUAUCCCACCAAGAAGCUGGAAAUAAGACAGCAGCCUAGGUUUGUGGAAUUCCGGCAGUUGAAUUAGUGCAACUUAGGUUUGCUGGUUUCCGCCAGUUGAAAAAGAGCCACGAAUCUUCUUCCACACUGCCGUCGGAGACGUCGAAGCCAUUGGAGCGCACCACAAAGGCAACGGGAACUUCUCCAGCUACUUCAUCUUUUUGCCUGUAGAAUUCCAAUUAUCAGAACUCCAAGCCCAUCUGUUUCUUUUCUUGUAUGCAUGACAUAAAAAUUCAAACUUACUGGAGGUUACGUCAUGUUAA